UUUUUCGAGGAAGUCGGUUUAAAAGUCUAUGAGCUUGCAGUGAAGGGCAGAUUGGACCAGACACAGACAACUGGACCGAUCUUUCGUGCCCUUCUGUAAAGAAGGUUUCAAGGUCUCCCCUUGUCGCCUCUUGGUUUUGCUUUCCACAUCAAACCGAACCGACAGACGAGGGUGGGCCUUCAUCGAGGAAAAGCAUCCUAUCUCACCUCACUACCAUCAUAACAUCUUACUUUUUCUUUUCUCUCUCUCUCUUUCAGUCUCCCUAUAAGUCGAUUCGGCUGAUCAUCCUUCUCGGCGACAACCACACUCUCACCGUCCAAUCCAAAAUACCUAACCCGACCACAAUCACGCCAACAGUCUCACAAUGGGCAAGAGCAGGAAGGCCUACAAGAAGCUGAUGCGCUCGUUCGAGCAGCUCGGCUUCCGCCAGCCCUACCAGCUGCUCCUGACCAGCGACAUCGUGCUCGACACGGUCAAGCUCGACAUCAUGAACUUGUUCCAGAAGACGCUCAACACCAAGGACAUCAAGCCCAUGAUCACCCAAUGCUGCAUCCGCGCCCUCUACGCAAAGAACAAGCCCGGCCCCGACCGGGACCCGAACGUCCCAGCCGCCAUCGAGCGCGCCAAGACCUUCGAGAGGAGACGCUGCGGCCAUCUGAUGGACCAGGACCCCCUUACUGAGCGCGAGUGCAUGCUCUCAGUCGUGGACCCCAAGGGCAAAGGGCAGAAUAAAUUUCGUUAUGUGGUGGCGACCAAUGACGAGUGGUUGCGGCACAGGUUGAGGUCGGUGGUGUCUACGCCACUGAUGUAUUGCCGCAGGAGUGUCAUGAUCCUCGAGCCCAUGUCCGAGGCAUCACAGCAAAUCAGAGACAGGGAGGAACGUCAAAAGUUCAAGGAUGGUAUUAUCAGAAGGUCGCUGAAGAGAAAGAGAGAAGAUGGCGACGAAAAAGAAGACUCCGAAGGCGAUUCUGACAGCGAAGGCGAGGGUGGCCAGGGUCAGGAAGUCAACAAGGAGAAAUCAACAGAUGCAGCUGGUUCCGCGGAACAGGAACAGAAGGAGAAGAAAAAGAAAAAGAAGAACUAUGGUCCCAAACAGCCAAAUCCCCUGGCGAUGAAGAAAGCCAAGAAGGAAGACGACAAGAAGAAGAAAUCGCCCUCAGAUCCACAAAGGCCGAAGAAACCCUCGGAGACGACUACGGAUUCGACAGCUGAGGGCAAGGCCAAGCGGAAGCGUCGUAGGAAAACCGCCGGCGGCGCCGCGGAGGGUGGGGGUGGUGCCGGGGAGCAGUCAGCGGAGACGACAGUGGCUGGGGUCAAGGAGGAGUGAAACAAGGGUUCAAUGAACUGUUGACAAAACGGUUUACAUAGAGUCCAUGAUCUCACGGUUUAUGGCUGGAGGUGACUCAGCUACGACAAAGACCCUUGGAAUUGACUCCCGUCAACCCGAGCACCACCAUCAUUACCUACUCAUACGAUACUAGCAUGCAGAUAUCUAUCUAUUGACGCACAGGCUUGUCUUGUUCACUACCGUUCGGAUUACGGAUUGCCGAUCAUACAACCGUUGAACAAGGACGGGAGAUCUGACAUUGCCCAUAGCGGGCCAGAAACAGGAAGAGGGAUGGCGGAGACGGAGAGCUUCCUGUUGGUAAGGAUGUGUGACAUAAAUGUCGCCAAGAUAGGUGAAUGGUGAGAAACCUCAGGUCCAAGGGUUGAGAGGGUCUACCUAUGAUAUAUGGAUCGUCAUGUCUACAUACAUACGUGUAUCUCGAAGGCGCUCUUCUCAGGUAGGGCUGGAUCGAAUAGAAUAUUCCUACUAAUGUUCACAAGGUCAAUGCAGGCUGGUUCUGG